AUGAAACCUGAAGCGUGUCGCGCGAUGCAAUCGAAGCGUCUGACUGUACUUUUCGUUCUUCUCAUGGCCGUAGCCGGUAAGUCCGUUAAAGUUAUUGUCGACGACAAACAAUUUCUUUUCAGUGACGCUCGCGCAUUCGCACUCUCAUUCGCACUCGCACUCGCACGAACACCAUCAUCACGGCCAUUAUCCGGGCGGGUAUUACGGUGGAUUUCAGCAGCCGUACAACUACAAUCAGGGAUACGGUCGAGGCGGAUACGGUGGAUAUUAUCAACAAAAUGCGUGGGGACGCAAAAAGUGA